UCUCGACAUCACGCCAAAGCCCCUCCUGCACGCGCCUCCCCUACCCCCCGCUCCCCCCCAGAGCCAGCAUCUCCUCUGGCGAGCCGCCUGCAGAGCUACCCGGCGAGGGGGUGGAGCGGGGGAGGGCGAGAAGCAGCCCCCCCCCCCCCCCGCUCCAUAUAGCGAGAACGCCUCCUCCUCAGCCAGCCGGAGCUCCCUUUUGAAGGGGCUCCCACAAGCUCCCGUACAGUUGCAACCACCCCCUGCCCCCAAAGGGAGAGGGAAGCGACCGCAGAGCCGGGCAGGAGCCCGAGGGGGGCGGGGUGGAAAGGGAGAAGAGGGGGAGAGAGCUGCGGAGCGAGGCGCUCGGAGGCAGGGAAAAGCCCCCAGUGAAAUGCACUGCAGCUGAGGUUACCCAGCCAGCUUCCCCCCCGCCCCUGCCUCGCGCGGCCGGAUCCCAGCAGCGGGAGCAGCCGCCGCCUCCCCCCGAGCGGGCUCCGGUGCUCGCUCGCACACGCAGCCGGGCCGGAGGCGAGGGGGGAGGCCGAGGAAGGAUGGCAGUGUCUCUGAUCCAGGCGUGCCGCAGCCUGGCCCUCUCAACAUGGCUGCUCUCCUUCUGCUUCGUGCAUCUGCUCUGCCUGGACUUCACGGUGGCCGAGAAAGAGGAGUGGUACACGGCCUUCGUGAACAUCACCUACGCCGAGCCGGCGGCCGGCAGCCUGGAGCUGCGCAGCGAGAAGAGCGAGUGCGGGCGCUACGGGGAGCACUCGCCCAAGCAGGAUGCCCGGGGCCAGGUGGUGAUGACCGCCUCCGCCCACGACCGGCUGGCCUGCGACCCCCACGCCCGCUUCGCCGCCCCGGGCCCGGGCAAGAGCUGGGUGGCGCUGAUCCCCAGGGGCAACUGCACGUACAAGGAUAAGAUCCGGCACGCCGCCGCCCAGAACGCCUCUGCCGUGGUGAUCUUCAACGUGGGCUCCAGCAACGCCAACGAGACCAUCACCAUGCCGCAUGCAGGUGUAGAAGAUGUAGUAGCAAUAAUGAUUCCUGAGCCUAAAGGAAAAGAGAUAGUGAGUCUGCUGGAGAGGAAUGUUACUGUGAUGAUGUAUAUAACAAUUGGAACACGCAACUUGCAGAAAUACGUCAGCCGUACCUCAGUGGUGUUUGUCUCCAUCUCCUUCAUCGUGUUGAUGAUCAUCUCCCUGGCAUGGCUGGUCUUCUAUUAUAUCCAGAGAUUCCGAUAUGCAAAUGCCAGAGACAGAAACCAGCGCCGUCUUGGAGAUGCUGCAAAGAAAGCAAUCAGCAAGCUGCAGGUCAGAACAAUCAGGAAAGGUGACAAGGAAACUGAGCCAGAUUUUGAUAACUGUGCAGUUUGUAUUGAAGGUUACAAGCCAAAUGAUGUUGUCAGGAUCUUACCAUGCAGGCAUCUUUUUCACAAAUCUUGCGUAGACCCGUGGCUGCUAGAUCAUCGCACCUGCCCUAUGUGUAAAAUGAACAUUCUAAAAGCUCUAGGGAUUCCGCCAAAUGCGGAUUGCAUAGAUGAUAUACCUCCAGAUUUUGAAGCUUCCAUAGGAGGACCACCAACUAAUCAGAUUACAGGAGCUAGUGAUAUAACUGUGAAUGAAAGCUCUGUAGCUCUGGAUCCUCCUGUCCGGACUGUGGGAGUACUACAAGUCAUCCAGGAUGCAGAUCCUCUUCCCCAGGUUGGGGAGGGUAACUUCACAACAAGUAGUGAACAUGAGCCAGCAGUCAGCAGUGAUUCUGAUAUAUCAUUGAUUAUGGCGAUGGAGGUGGGACUGUCUGAUGUGGAGCUUUCUACUGACCAAGACUGCGAAGAGGUGAAAUCCUGAAAAACAAGCAGAAAACCCUACUAAACUAAAGGGUAGGCAUGAGGGGCAGGGACAGAGUAAGCUUUCUAGAAUUUGGACCAGUCACACACACACACACACACUCUCUCUCUCUCACACACACACACACACACACCCUCUAGAACACUAUCAAUCCAGUGCACUCCAUUCUGAGAUGGUCACGAAAGAGCAAUAGCAACAGCUGUGUCUACCUGGAUGCAGUUUUAUCAUCUACAUGUGUCUAUUUUGUUCACGUGGAAGAUGAAAGCUUAUUGUUUUCCCACAUGCUUAAAAGCAAUCCUGUACCUCUUCAGUGGCUCGUAAGUGUACAACUGAAAUGACAGCUUGAGUGUUUUCUACUCUUGUUCAUUGUUUUUUUUUUAAAAGAAGAUGAUGUUUAUUUAUAGUUGAUUAUCGAUGGACACUGUUUUUUUUUCACUGACUGACCCCAGCUUUUCCAAGAGUUCAGUCUGAAAGUUUGAAUUCCUCUUCUCUGAUCAUUUCAUGAUCUGUCUCCAGGAUUUAUUAUUGCCUUGACAUUUCUGCAUGAAGUAUGCAUGGCUUUGAAAAGAAACAGUGCUUCAGCACUCUGUAUUAAUAUGAAGCCUAUUUUCUUUAAGAUUUUAAAACCUUUAAAGUGAGUCUUGGAGAUUAUAUCUUCAAGAAGCCUUUACCCAUGUGAGCUGAAGCCCUCAAUUAAUUGACAUUGAUGUCUUGUUGUUUGAAACUGCAUUAUGUUGGCUUCCACUUACAGAGCUCGAUUACAUGCACAGACAGUAACGUGUAAGAGAGAAAAAUUAAUGGCACUAAACUUCUUCCUGUCCUUGCUAUAUUUUCUGCCAUUAACAGCCUCUGGUAUUAAUGGCCUUCCUUGUGACUUCCUUGUUCAGUAGCUGGAAAACAAGAUCUAGUUUAAAAUCAGGUACUUCCUUAAAUUUAAAAACAAAAAUUAGCAGACCAAUGAGUGAGCAGUUUCAAGAGAGCGCUUGGUAAUCUUCAUGUGGGUAUUUGUGGCUGAUGGAAAUAAUUUUAGAAAAAGUCUGAACUGCAAAGAGGACUACAAUGUCAAUUUCCAGAAUAAAUAGUUAAACCCAAGAGCAGCUGGAUAAAUUGUUUACCUUCAUAUUUUUAAGUGCAAUUUUUGCACAUCAUUUUUAGCAAACACAAGGAUUUAGGUGAAUCUUCAGUUCACUGCUUUCUAGAGACCUCUGAAUGUGGCAAUACAAUGAGUGAGAUGAAUUACUGGUAUAUUUGAACCUGAAAAAAAUGUCAAUGGAAGAAUUCAGUUUGUUUUCUGGCUGAUACAUUAAAAAUUAAGUUGUCAUAUGAUGCCAAAACCGAAGUCUUUAACUAUUACUAGCCUGUCUUUAACUAUAACUUACAGAAAGGUGCUACUUAUUGCUAAUUAUUCAGGUGGCAAUUGUAUGAUUCAAUCAAAAUAGUCAAGUGCAAAGGAGGACUUUCAGCUUGUUGUUUAUAAGAGAGGGAACAUUUUCUUUUGACAGUCAAAAGAUUUAAAUCACAUUACCCCCUCUUGAGCAGGUCAGUAGAAUCAACAGCACACAGCUCAGAUACAAAUUGCAAGGAAAGGAAAACUAUUUUCACUUAAUUGUAUUAUAGCACAAUCUCAAAAUGCCACUAUGUUCUUUCAGCAUUGCCAUUUUAAUCUCCUCUUUUCAGGCAUUUAUACUUUAACUAUAAAAGUUUACUCCCUGUUGAAACAUGGCACGUGAGGUCUUACACUAGGAGAAAUUUGUUUCACAAUAUUUUUUUUAAAAGCUGGUUGAUUCUUUCUUAAAUUAUAGGAUGGGGCUGAGAGGAGGGAGAGAGAGAGUUUGCUGGACUCUUUUUGUCCAGUUAUGACUCAAACAAUUCCUUUUGUAGAUGAAAUUUUGAGUAUUCUUAGUCCACACAAGUGAACUAGGAGCUUUCGGCAAAAUAACUCAAGCUAAUAACAAUUCAAAAGUGUGGCCGGUGCACACACUGUUACAGUUUUUAAAAUAUAUCUUUUUGUUUUACUAAAGGGACAUAGUCAAUUGGAAAUCUAGUCAGUUUGAAAAGCAAGCUAAAGAUUGCGUUGGACUCUUCAGCUGCUUUGGGUCACCACUGCCAAUAUUUGUGGUUUUAUAAUCAGAUUUUUUGAACUUUUUCUGUUCGCUGUUUCUCUGUGAAAGAUCCACACUAACGUCAGGGGAAUGUAACUGACUGAGGGUGAAGUACUAUCCCUGGGCACAAGGCAGCACAUAACCCCCACUUAAGCUCUAGAAAUAAUGCUGAAAUGGAAUGUAAGUGAUGCAUAGGCCUUCUGCACAGGGAUGAAAUUCACCUAAAUUGGCUAUACAGGGGAAAUAAGGAAACUGAUUAUACGCAAAGAGCUCUCAAUACACAAAGAAAACAAGCUGAUGAAGUAGAGAGAGAAAAAAUUCACUAAUCUCUCCCAGUUAUAGUCAUCUUAGGUGUUACUUGGAUCAAGAAUAAGUUAAAAAAUGUUCAGAAAGAAACAUGAUGUUUAAGUUGACUGUGACCCUUUAACAUCAAAAUAUUUGCAGACUACAAAUAGACACAACAAUUAGCAUCAUCCUUAACGCCGGAGCGUGGAUUGCAGUGGAGCUGUCUCAAAGCAUUUAUUGUAUUACAAAACUUUUGUUAAACUAAUGUCAAGGGUGAGCAUUACCAGUUAUCUCUAGCCAUCUGAUAUUGGGAUGAUCCCAACAGUAAGGCAGGCGAGGUCAGUACUUCAGUGAGAGAUGAAAGAAAACCCACACUGGAGCAGGAAAUUAACCUUUUAGUCAGUGCUAAAUCACUGACCCAUCAAUAGCGUUAGAAGUAGCUAUGCUCAAGGAUGUGCCGUCUUUCCGGUCAGAUAUAAAACUGAGGCCUGGCCUCCUUCUGGUCAUUUUCACAAGUGUUGUAGUGUCCUGGCCAAAUUGCAGUUUUUAAUUCCCCAAUUCCACCUGCUGCUGUUCUGUGCACUGUUCUAAGCCUGCCAGAGCAGUUACACUUCAUUGGGGCCACAGUUUAGGUCGGCCUUUAAGCACAUGCUUAAAUUCAUCCCUAUUCAAGAAAGCACUUAAGCACAUGUUGAAGUGUAGGAAUGUAUUCAAAUCCCCUUGAUUUGGUUUGUUUAAAGCUAAGUCCAUGUCAUGAAUGGGGAUGCUUUCCUAAAUCACCUUGAGAAUCUUUGGCUGAAAAAUUAUUACGUUGCGUUAUUAAACCCACAAAAUCAUUGAAGUUAGUGUUAAGAUUGACUCUGUAUAACUCAUCGUUCUGUGCGGAGGUAUACUGUAAUACAUAUAGGCCGCUAUCCUACAGAUAUUUAUAGGGAUAAUUAACUUUGCUCAUGGGAAUCGCCCAUUGACUUCAAUGAGGCUACGCACAUGAGUUAAAUUAAGCAUGUAUGUAAGAAUUUGAAAGAUUAGGGAAUAUUAUGCAAGAUUACCCCCUGCUUGGACCUCCCUGUAAUUCCUGCAUACUGUUAUGUUUAAUAUUAGGGUUCAGUAUUAAAGGCUCACUCCAGCACUGAAUAUCCAUUGACUUCUGGGCCUCAGAUGCUGGCUGUACAGCCAGCCUACCUCCUAUCCAGAAAACAAGUCAGUCUGCCCUAAGGAAGUAGAGUGUUCAUGGAAAUAAUCCUCCUCCCUCAGAUUGUAACGCUCUAUCUACUGUCUGUUUCUCUUCACCACUGCCAUACCUGCUGGUGCUGCAAAGCCCAUGGGAGUUACUAGCUACUCCUAGGACUAGAGUAACUUCCUGCACAGUGUCACUGGCUGGGGAGACAGAUCAAUGCUUUAAAGGUGUCUACAACAGAAAUGCUACAGCUGCAGCGUUGCAACUGUAUCACUGUUGAGCUGUAGUGUAGACACUCACUACAGCAAUAGAAGGGGUUCUUCCAUUAUUGUAGUUAAUUCACCUCCCCGAGAGGCGGUAGCUAGGUCGACGAAAUAAUUCUUCCACUGACCUAGUGCUGUCUACACUGAGCCUUAGGUCAGCUUACCUGCAUCUCUCAGGAGCAUGAACUGUUCACACUGCUGAGCAGCAUAUCUAGGUCAACGUAAAUUUUAGGUGUAGACCAGGCCAAAGUAAAGAAAAUCCCUAUUGUGGGAAGAGAAUCCUCUUGCUUCUCCCCUCUCUUGCUGUUCUUUUCAUCCACGUGAGUGUUCCUCUGAUUUCCCAUUCACAAUGUGGGUGAAUGGUGAGAAAUCUUCGGCUUCCCCCUGGAUGAGUUUCAUACCAAAGAAUACCUUCAACGCAACCCUUUAAAAUGUCUUACAGUUGCUGAGCUUGUUCAGUAUUCUGCAGCACCAUUCCCAAAAGCCAUCGAGCUGAUCAAAGACUGUGACUUCACCUCUGGGGAAGGGCCAAGCUUGGGCAGCCAUGUAAUGCAGAGAUUAUUACUGAGGGGGUAGUUUCUCCUUUGGAUAAGCAGCAGGCGCUGCAGCUGUGUAACUUAGGAAAGCUGAAGACUCUUCAGUUGAAGAUGUGAAUUUGGGCAGACAGAGCCCACACUGUGAUUUUCUCAUGGUUUUUGUGGGUUUAAUUAAGCUACAUUCCAAAAGACCAGUUGAGUGCAUGAACCAUGUAAAACGUGCAUGGACAAAACCCUGCACUUGGGGAAAAAAUAUGCACUCGCAGGUUACCCAAUUUACACAUGCUAAUGCUAGUUUGUGAACACAAAUAUGGGGCAUGUGCCGGCUGUGCAUCAAUUUUUCCUGACUCACCCAUUCUGCAAGGGGCUGAAAAAUUGGCAUGAAAUAUUACUUUUUUUCUGAUUUACAGUAGUUUUAGAAUGUGGCGGGGAGGGACUGGGAUGAUCAUAGGUCAAUAAUUUGUAGACAGAAUAAAUUGAUAUUCAUCUUCCUGGUCUCUAUAGUAUUGAAUUUUCCUGUGUAUGUGCACAGACAGAAUGAUACGAUUUUUAAGAAUUAAUUGUAAUGAAAACAGAGGGAGAUAGACAUUUAGUCAGUUUUUGAGUUAGAGAUAGUGACCCAAGAAAGCUAAUUUAAUAGCUUUUAAAUUGUUUAAUAGUUUAAUUGAAAACUACUGAAUUCUUAUGUGGGGCAAGCAAGGAGGAGGGCUUCGUUCCUAUCACCAAGGUGAUAGUGUUGUUAGGAAGUGGACCUAGGAUCUCCAUAGGAGGCUUUCCACGGACUUCAGUGAGAUGUGGAUCCAGCCCACAGGAAGCAGUUGUAAGAGGUUAGUAUUUUAAUAGAAACUUGUCACUUGCUAUAUGAAUAGUUAGUGAUAUAUUCUCAUUUCUGCUAGGGGUGGACCCAAGUAACAGACUUGAGAUCCAGAUUGGAAUUUGAACUAUCCCAAAGUUUGUGUGUGUCAGGAACCAAGAUUUGGUUUAGGCCCAUCUUGGGUUUCUGUUGUUUUAUUCACCCUCCUCCUCUUCUGAAUCAAAACCAUCUUGUCUAAUUAUGAAUUCUUCAAUUAUUCAAACAGAUCUGACUUGCCCUGAGAAGCAUUUGCAGACUGCUUUACACCUGCAUGUGGCCUUAAUUAGCAAACCUCAGCUACUGAUUUUCCAGAAUAUGGAUUUUAUUUGCAGUUUCUGUUCAGUGUAGAAAUGUUAGAGUGCAGUAAUUUGUUUGUAUAGCUUUUCAGACACGCAACCCUAUGAAUUUUCUCUGUUUAAUGUAUGUUGCAUUACUUCUGCCAGGAAAAUUUGUGAUUAAAAGGCAAUGAUCAGGGCACAGGCUUUUAUAUAACACAGGAUGCAAAUCCUGGUCUUGACAAUUGGUCAGUGUUGCAAUGACAAUGCAUGUUAUGUACAGCCCAGGCAAAUGCAUUUCAGCUGAGCAGCUAUGAAUUGCCCAGAUUUUAUUUAUAGGUGGCUUGUUCCUAACCAGUAACUGUCCCUAGGAAAGUUUCAGGCUAAGCAAAUAGGUCAGAAUGAGCAAUAAGGAUAUGACCAUGUGGUCUGGGCAUAUAAAGGUCGGCACCGGCAAAUGAUCACUUACUGAUUUUUAUUUCUCUUUUAUUAGUAAUGGGUUUGUCCCCCUGAUAGGGAUGUUUCUGCAGAUGUCUAUAAAAGAGAAGGUUGCAAAUCUGAUAGCAAUACAAUAAGGAUGCCAUGUCAUCAUGAAUAUAUGUUGUAUCCAAGUUGAUCUGACUUUACAAACUGAUAUUUUAGCACCAGAUUUACUGGUGUGAUGCAUCCACUUUGCACCAUACCCCAAGUGUAUUUUGGCCCUACAGUAUCUUAACCUGCCCACAGAGAAUCACUCCAGUGUAAGAGUGAUCUUCCAGAGUUACACAGACGAUGUAGCAGCUCUUAGCCCACCCCUCUCUCUGCUUUCUGUGUAGCAGAGGGACGGUGGCAAGGCCAGGAUAACACCAAUCCUCAGCUGCAUUUUUUGCCCAAGUGGAUGUUGCCAACAUAACUUAGAGCAGCCAUUAGGUUGCUCUAACUCAUCACAAGAGCCCUAAUCUUCCCAGAAUAGCAACAAACUCAUGAGAGUGGAAAUGUGAGCUCUUUGCCAACUUUGUAUAGCACCCCUGAUUUGUGCUAUAUGAAGUUUACCCACAGCCCUAGAUCUGGCCUGUACAACAUAUAGGGCCUGAUUUUUAAUUCACACUAAGGCUGCUUUACACCACUCUGGCAGUGCAAAGAGACCUCAAUGUAAACAAGAAUGAGGGAGUCUUCUUUGUCUACAACAUAAUGCAGUUUAAAUGCUUAGUAAAAGAUAGUGCCCUCGUUGUUUGAGGGUUUCAGGAUAACCUAACCACUCAUAUCAACACUAAUGAGGCCAACAGUCUAACACCGUGAUUGUUAAGGAAAACUGAGCAUUGACUAAUUUAUUUUAGAGAGCCAAAGAAUUUAAGCAUAUAUUGGUCAAUUAGUGUCAAAGAAUUUAAUUGGUUUGCUUAGAGUAAUAAUUUAAAUAAUGAAAUAUUUUAUAAGAGAUAGGAAGGACAGGGUGACACUGUUACUUUAGUGAACUUUUUUCUAAUAGCAGCAGUUGAUCCAACACAACUAGUUCUUUUAUUUUAGCACAUUGUUGCCUGAACUAAUUGAUAGUUUUGCAGUUGAAAAAAGAACACCGGAUGGACUUUAGUCUGGAAUUUGUUCAUGUACCAGAUGGUACUUAUUGAUUGAUGAAGUGGAUAGUUAGGGAGAGGAGCGCCCUCUGCAGCAAGUUUCUAAUCUGCCAGCUAGAGUUUUCAAAGGACUUACUCAUUACAACCCAUACUAAUUCUUCAGCAACUGGAAAUUUUUGUCGCCAAUAAAAAUACUGGUUCUUCAGCAACUGAAAAUGUGGUCCAUAUUUUAAAAAACAACGUAAAAGGGGAAGGUGCAUUAAGGAUGCCGCGAAGUUUCAUUGAAAAGCCAGUGAAAGAACUUUUCACCUGAAAAAAACUCAGUAUUUCUCAAAUAUGUUCUUUGUGAUUCGGUGGAGUGAAUGCAGAAAAAAAGGAAGAAAGAACGUUUUUGCUUAUGAUUUUUAAAAAGGCAUCAAAAUCAACAUACUUCUUUGCUAUGAAUGUAAAAGGUUAUUACGGUUGUGAAAUAUCAGUGUUUUGUAUGUCUACAUACUCCCAUCCUUACUUCCUGCUUUAUGUUAGUUACCUGAAAUGGCUGUACCAUUUUAUAAUUAGAAAUAUAAAGAGGGGAUAGGGGUUGGGAGGGGUUGUUACUUUUUUAGCAAAUGUUCCUUGUAUUUAGUGAACAUUGAAAAUGAUUUUGUACUUGUCAAAAUAUACAUUCCAUCCAUUUCCAGAAAAUAAUUAUUUUUAUUUAAAAUAGUUUUUAAACAAAAACAAAAAAUAAAUGUGGCAUCCACUUAGCAUGUGGUUCAUGAACAGAGCAAAAAUAUUCCGGUCUCCGGCAAUGGCUCCACAGGUUUCUCUAGUGAUGUAUAUUCCAGCAGACCAGUACCAGCAAAUGCCAAUAAAAAAAAAUAAAAAGGAAAAAAUAAAAUAUUUAACUCCUUGGUGUAUUUUAUUUUGUGUUUCAGAGAAAGACCUGCAUAUCUUACUGAAAUGAUUUCCAGUUAGAAAACUGUAUUAUAAUAGUGAAAUAUUAAAAAUUAGAGCAUAAUCCUGCUUCUCAUACCUUCCUAAAAGCUGAAGCAGGGUCUGUUGUUCCUACACGCAAAAUGUAUCUUUUGUUUUGCUGAAGACCUGCUAUGAUUAAGGUGUAUUUUGCAGUGAGCCUCCUUAGCUGGCUUUACAAUCCGUUUCUGCAGAGCCUACAAUGUUUGCUGUAAUGGAAGUUACCCCUUCACCUCUGCAUUAAGAAAAUUUUCUAUCAUCCAAACAACCUCACUUUGAUAUGUGAAACAUCGAACGCAAAACCAUGAAGGAAUUACAUGGUGGUAUUUGCAUAGACAAUUUUUAAUUAAGCAUUCUUUGCUAGCUGUGAAUUGUCUGCCUAUACAAUGCAGUAGUGGUUUGUGAAGCAAGACAUUUGCCUAAGCUUUAUUUUCUGUACAGUAUUGCAAAUGUAUUUCAAUUGUUAGUUUAGUCUUUGCUGUUAUUUUAUUAUGCAUACAUCUCCCCCUUUAAUGCACUUUAUAUCUCUUGAAAAAUACGGGAGUCAGAGAACUAUCAUCUUUAAAGGGAUUUGCCUGAAAUCAAGAGGCACAAACUUUUAUUUUGCUUUAAUAUAUACUGUAAAUGCUUAAGAGCAUAGACAGUGGCUCAGUUGGGGGAAAUGCUGAAAUGUUAAGGCUGAUAUUUGGAAACAUUAUUCAGUAGUACCACCUGGCUAUUUUUGUGAGAGGGUUAUAAUGUAAAUAUGUGAGACUCUGUUAUGUACUAGUUAAAUAUUGCAGCUAUAAAAGUUAAGAUUGUGAAUUCUAAGAAAUUUUAUUGCGACUUUUUUUAAUAAAAGUGGAUCUGA